AAAGAUACCUCAUUAUUUACCCAGCUUCAAUAGAGCACCGCUUCGGCACAUCUGUUCAUACUAACAAGGCCUAGGGCUUCAGUAAACUUGUUAAAGUGCUGGAAGAUUCGUGCAGGUAACCCUACUUUCCCUACCUAUUUUUGGCAUUCCGUUGGCAAGUCCUUGACAAUUUUCGUCACAUCAGUCUCGAGCCACUUUGCACGUUAAAAUUCUCAGUUUUUUACGCAGCGGUUGUUUACUACGUAGCCGCCUGGCGCCUACAAUUGUGACGCGAAUUGCAACUGUAUUUAAACGUGUGGGGAGCGGUGCGUUAGAGUGCGACAAAACAGCGCAGCCCUGCUUUGCACCCGAUUGAUCCCCAGUGAGUGUCGAAAUGUCGCAGCUUUUCCGCAGGCCCAGCUUCUUCAGUCACCUGAGUCGCAGGUUCCAGCAAACCCAAGCCAGAGUGGCCUCUAGGGACAAAGUACGCGAGCCCCACGAGCCUCUCGGCCAUUUGGCUGGGGGGCCCGUUUUCCGAAACGCCCGCUUGUUUCCCGAUAAAAUCGCCAUCAGGGACCGGAUUGCUGCUUACACCUAUGCGAAUAUUUUCAUGAGCGCCCAUGAACUCUCCAGGGAAAUCAGCGCGAUUUUGGACGGAAAAACCAACGAGCGGGUGCUGUUUUUGUGCCCCAACGACGUUCACUAUGUUAUCACUUUGUGGGCUGUUUGGAUGGCUGGGCAAAUAGCUGUGCCAGUGAGUCCUUUGCACCCCAAAAGCCUUUUGCAGUACUAUGCGAACGAUUCCGGCUCGAACUUAUUCAUCACAGUGCCAAAAUUCGCCGAUCUCAUGCAGCAAGUGGCCCGAAACUCCUCCACCAAGCUGCAUGUUUUGGAUGAUCGCCUCAAACUGAACUGCACUCUAAUGCAGGCUAGCCGAGCUGGAGAUUUGGAGGGCGGAAAAGACGACGUCUUCUACAACAAAUCCGACGCCAUGAUCAUUUACACUAGUGGAACCACUGCGAACCCCAAGGGAGUUGUCCUGUCCUACAACAACCUGUCCGCGCAGGCCUCCGCCCUUCUAGACGCCUGGAAAUGGUCGUCUGACGACGUGUUGCUGCACACUCUUCCUUUGCACCAUGUUCACGGCAUCGUUAACGCGUUGCUUUGUCCAUUAUAUGCGGGCGCCAAGACUAUUAUGCUGAAGAAGUUCAAUGCGAACACCGUUUGGUCGUACCUGCUGGGCGUCAAUGCUCGCCCUGAUGAUCGGCGCAUCACCCUGUUUAUGGGCGUGCCGACUAUGUAUUCCAAGCUGGUCGAGGAGUAUGAGCGCGUUUUCAAGCAGGACCCGAAAAUGGCCGAGUAUAUCAGAAACACGCUGAAGAGCAAGAUAAGACUGAUGGUAAGCGGUUCGGCUCCAUUGCCAGAGCCCCUCUUCCAGCAUUGGGAAGAGAUCAGCGGACUGAAACUGCUGGAAAGGUACGGCAUGACCGAGACUGGUAUGAUCCUGUCCAACUCCUACGAGUCCGGUAGGGAGGCCGGAUAUGUAGGAACGCCCCUGCCAGGGGUUUCAGCCAAGCUGUGCGAAGUCCUAGACGGGGAGGAGCAAGAUGCCAUAGGCAAGACCCUGGUGGAAUGUUCAAACGUCGAAGGCACCCUGGUUUAUCAGAAAAAUGGCCAAACCAAUCUUGAAGGUGCCGAUCCAGUUGGGGAGCUUUUGGUGAAAGGGCCUGGCAUUUUUAUGCGCUACCACGAACGCCCCGAGACCACCAAACGCGAGUUCACAGAAGACGGCUGGUUCAGAACUGGCGAUCUUUGUCAGUAUUCGGUGGAGAAGAAGAAGUUCAAAAUGCUCGGCAGGAAGUCGCAGGAUAUCAUAAAAAGCGGCGGCUACAAGAUCAGCGCCUUGGAAAUCGAGUCAGUCAUCCUGGGUAGUCCUUUGAUCAAAGACUGCGCAGUUAUUGGGGUAAGCGACAAGGAAUGGGGGCAACGGGUCGUUGCCGUUGUUUCAGUCGGCCCUGAAGGCGACAGCCCCGUUAAAGUGGAGAAACUCAUUCAGUAUGCCGAGCUGAAACUGCCGAAGUACGCCGUACCCAAAGAGUGGAGGUUUGUAGACUCGAUUCCCAAAAACGCCAUGGGCAAGGUGAACAAGAAGGAGUUGGUGCACUUGGCUUUUGGUCCCCAACAAGGCUGAGCUUUCCUUGAUGUCCAAGCCUUCCCCCUGUUAAGACUGUCUUGAUACUGGCCCUGCGCAAGGGCCGGUGUGUUUUUGGAAAAUCGCCCUGCUAAGCCAUCCCAUGGAUGAUUAGUCGGGCUAUUGCCCACUUUGUCGGUUUAUGUUAAUACAAUUAUAUUUGAUUUG